AUGGCAGCAGAGACCCUGCUGACUGCGGCGUCCGCCAAAAGUGAUGAAGGGAAGAAAAGCUGCAAAGCUGGAGGACCCGAGGAAUUGCAAGACAGGAUCCCCUUCAGGCAGAGCCCUUCCUUGAGCUCCCGCCCACGGCUCCGAAAGGAGUCCUCUCCGCCGCCAGAGGGCAGUACUCACGGAGGCUUAGACUCUAUGGUCGUUCUCGCCGCCUCCCGUGAGCAAGAGCGACCAGAAACCGCCUAUAUACUUCCGUUUCCGGCGCUACCUCCUUCUUUUCGUGCCGAUAGCGCUCUCGCAAAGAUGGUGAAUGUUCCUAAAACCCGCCGGACUUUCUGCAAGAAGUGUGGUAAGCACCAACCCCACAAAGUGACACAAUACAAGAAAGGCAAAGAUUCUCUUUACGCCCAGGGAAAGCGGCGUUAUGACCGGAAGCAGAGUGGCUAUGGUGGGCAGACUAAGCCGAUCUUCCGGAAAAAGGCUAAAACUACAAAGAAGAUUGUGCUGAGGCUUGAAUGUGUUGAGCCCAACUGCAGAUCGAAGAGAAUGCUGGCUAUUAAGAGAUGCAAGCAUUUUGAACUGGGAGGAGAUAAGAAGAGAAAGGGCCAAGUGAUCCAGUUCUAAACUUCAUAUUUUGUUAUGAAGGCAAUAAAAUCUUGAUGUUACGUUCA